AACUAAAAUCUGUCUAAAUUUAAUAACCCGUCCCGUCAGAUGCUGAUGCUGAUCAAUAAUUUCUGAAAACAUGAAAAAUGAAUGACAUCAAAUUAUAUAUUGCGCAUAACAUGUUGUUUGUGAAUUGAAUACGUUUAGAGUUUGUAUUGGAUUAACAAGUAAGUCUGCUAGAAUGAACAACUUGGAAGAUUCUACAAGGCUCUGUUCCAUGAUAAAAGAGCUUAAUACACAAGAAGUUUCAGAUGUUUUAAACAACAAUCAGAAAAAUGGAGAAUUAUUUUCAAAUCUUCCAGUAUAUCAUAUAUUAGUAGAAACUUUGAUACACAAACAGACAUAUGACAGUAAGAAUAGUGAAGAUUCUGCGAGGGCAGCUACACAACUAGUUUACCUUUUGUCAAUACAUGGUGCAGAUAUCAAUGUUCAAGAUGAGAAUGGAGAUACUGCAUUACUGUGUUAUUUGAAGGCAGAUCUAACUUCCCUUAUCUCAGAUUCUCUUGUUGUAGCAUUUCUGAGAUGUGGAACUGAUAGCUGCCUAAAAAACAAGGAUGGUUUAGAUAUUCUGCAGCAAAUCUUACAACGAGAUGAUCUACCUAAACAGAUUAGAGCCAGGAUACUGGAGUAUAUGCCAGGUAUAUGGCGUGCUGUUGACUCUGAUGAUGCUUGCACAGUGAGACGGUUGAUUAAUCAAUGGUGUAAUAUCAGAGUUAUUAAGGGUGGUAUGUCAGUGUUACAGCUAGCUUACAGUAAAGGAACAGAGAAUAUUAUAAGGGUUGUCUCGGGCAUAGGACCCUCCAUGGAUAUGGCCCAUAGUGUAUUAGCUGGUGACAAAGUUACAGUGAAAAAGUUGCUACAGUCAAAUAGUCAUGUCAAUAUCAACCUGAAAAACAUGGCUGAAAUGGGAGCUACCCCAUUAUUUUACGCAAUAUGCAACAAUGAUAGAGAUAUAGCGGAGUUACUGUUGAGACAUGAUGCCCGGCUUGAUGCUGGUAUGCAAGGAGAAAAUGAGAUGGAGUUACCUCUAUAUUUUGCUGCUCUAUCACACACUCCUGCUGUAGAUACAGAUAUGUUAAGAUUUACAAUACCAAAGAAACCAGUUCCUGUUGAUCAACUCAACUAUAAGGGAAAGAAUGUAAUAUUUUACUGCAUAGAGCACGAGGUAGACAUUGACCUGUUUAACGAUAUUCUGAAAGAAUGUUCAGCCCAUGUUCUAACACAGAGGAUUGAGGGUAAUAUCAAUGCAAGAGAAUAUGCAGUUCUGUUAUGUAGAGGACAAUAUGUGACAAAAAUUGAUGUGGUUGUUUCUGAUUGGUGCAUCCAGGAGGACCAGUCUAUAAAUAGAAACACGCUUUGUCUCCAUGGAUACCCAUAUGUGUUGCCAUUAACAUCAGAAAAUACAAUCCCAAAUGAACAGUUUAUAAACUAUAUGCAAGUUGCAGAAGAAUUAGAGGAAUACAAAUAUAGAUUGAGGGAAGCAGUAGUUGAAGGUGAUGCUGCUCUUGUCAAAGAAAUGCUUGCUACAAAUUCAUGGUUAGACAGAGGUUUGAAUAUCUGUCUAGCUGAUUGUAGGGUAUGUGGAGAUGGUCAACCACUGCUACACAAGGCAGUGUUGUGGGGACAUGAUGAGGUUGUCAAGGAGAUUGUACAGUAUGUUAUACAACAUUCUAACAGAAAACUUGACAGUUUUAGAGAUCAGUAUUUUAGGACAGCAUUGCACUAUCUAUAUGGCAUGGAAUGUUACAAACUAAUGGCAGAUAUUCUAGAAGAUAGUGGCAUGUCAGAAUUCUCAAUGGACAAGGAUGGAAGAUCGCCUUUAGCUUUUAAAGACAGAAGAGGACUGUUGGAGAUGAAAGCCUUGAUAGAAUAUCAUCAAAGACAGGACUUUACUGACCCUGAGCCAGACCCGUGGUCAGUCAGUUUACCAAUGCCAAUUACAGGCUACUUAAAACAGUGUCUACAUGAACAUCAUAUGAGGAAAAAACAGGAGAAGUAUGAUGUCAUAGAAAAUGGCAGAAUAAACAGCAAGUCAAAACAUAACAAAAAACAUCAUAAUUCUAAAGAAGUGUCCAAAUCACAGAAAAGUAUUAACAAAGGAGAUGGAAAUUCUGCACAUGAUCUUAAAUGCAAUCAAAAUCAAAUAUGCAAUAGCAUAACUGGAUCAAUGGAUGAAAUCAAAUUCAAUCCAAAUGUUGAACAGUUUUCUGGAAACUUUAAUGUGAAGAGUAUUUCAAGGGGAGAGAAAUCCAGAGAGUAUCAAAAAGUUGAUACAGUUGUAUCUAUGAAGUAUGAGAAUGGGAACUACUAUCGUUCUGAUGUUUAUCGGGAAAAUGAUUUCUCUUCGUUAAGGAGCAACGACAGUGAGACAGUGUCUGCUGAUGAUAUGUCAGAUUUGUCGUCUGCUGGUGGAAGUUUGUAUGAAGAUUAUGAGGGGGACCAGUCUGAUGUUGAAAGUGAGGAUCUAGAAACCAGUCCACCAGAUAAAUACUGCACAAUAGUUUGAAGAUAGUUUGCAACUUUUAGCAAAUAUUUCUUUCUUUUUUUCUUCUUUUUUUUUUUGGAACGGGGUGGGGUGGGAGAAAGGGGUUGACUCUUUUGAUGCCAAAAUUGUUGUUAAUUUAUAUGACAGGGUUAUGUUUCUGGCUGCAUCAUUUCUUUAUUUAAUAAAGUAGUAUCUGUUUUGUUAUACAGGUUUGCUGUGACCUUAACAAAAUAUUCUAAAUUUGGUAAAAAAAAAAAAAAAAAAAUUUGAUCUACAUUUAUUUUGAAUAAUUCAUAUAAAUUGUGGUUAUAGGAAUUUAAAAUUUCUUCUAACAAUUUUCAUCAGAAAAUAGCUUAAAUCAAGCACAAGCCCUGUGUCCUUAACCUUUAUAUCAAGAUAAAGGAGAAUAUCUUUUUUCUAAAAAAAGAAUUGCCAGAAUGUCAUUAGUUAUAUAAUAUGUUAAUA